AUGUUACUUGAUGAAUACCGUGGACCUAGAAAUAGUGUACCGUAUAGAUAUACCGGUCCAAAUUGGGUUGACAAUGAAAAAACAAGAGUACGAAAUGAAAGCCCACAUCUUCACUAUAUAGCCUUUAAAACUGUACCAACCUAUUUCACUGUCCGAGUUUCAUCCACGGAUACUACAUAUCAACGACCACUUAGAGUAUUAAUAAAAAUAGAUGGAAUCUCACCACCAAAUUAUCCACCAAUCGACCUAUAUGGAGUGGAGAAAAAACAGCAAAACUAUGUAGUAAAUAAUAAUCCUCAACUGGUUGGUGCGAUAUCGGCGUAUUUUUAUUCCACGGUUUCUGCUCAAAUGAAAUCUAGUUUUCCUGUUGCACUGUUACAUUUGCAUUAUCGAUCAGUCGAUGAAUUGAGACAGUGUGGGUUUAAUGUCCCGAUAGCUGUUAAACAGGAAGAUGAUGAUAACGAUGAAAAAUAA